UUAUCUGUGGCUGCAAUUAUACAUUUAACCACACAUAUCAAAAUUUUGGGAUAUGCUUUUGGGUACGUGGAUCACAACAUUAACCCGAUGUUAGAGCACCAUGAAAUUAUUGAGCUGAAACAACAACGAAUAAUAAAGUUAAUCAACGAUUUGAAGGAAAUUUACAAAUGUGCUGAAAUAUUAAAUUCAUAUCUCUCUGAUCAGCUGCUAAUUCAAGAAUUUUUAAUGAGCAUUGUUAUUUGCUGUUCUGUAUACAGAGUCACUGUGGUUACUUCCAGCACCGAGAUGAGCUAUUUAUCGACCAUGGCUGUGAUUAUUGGUGCGGAUAUGUUUAUCGUUUCCUGGUAUAAUCAAGGGUUUACAUUGGAGGUUUUCGAAUUGCAACAUCGCAUUUACGAGUUAGAAUGGAUAGAUUAUCAGCCAAAAUUAAGGAAACUAUUGCUGUUUUUAAUGUGUCGAGUGCAAAAGCCAUUUCAUUUUACCAUGGGAUUCGGAUUUCCUUUGGACGCCCGUGUGUUCUUAUCAAUGAUAAAAAUGUCUUAUUCAUUUUACACUUUAAUCACUCGAUCCAGCCAGAAAUUAACAGCGAAUACAUAAAGAUUUUAAAUGUCAAAGAUGACGAAGUACGAGCAUCCCGAUACUAAGAGGCAAAUUUUAUUUAUUACAAUAUUUAAAUGCAUUUAUUCUAGUAAUAUAAGAGCAAGAAUGUAACUCACUCUUUAGGACUUCUCUAGGACUUAGACUUUAGAAUUGUUAAAACGUUUACAAAUAAAUCAAGAAUGACAGCAGUUUUACAAAACUUA